AUGUCAUCCAAAGACGCCCAUCUCUACGGCGCACGUCCAAAAGGACGCGCCAAAGCAAAAGAAAUCUCCAGCUCGAGCAGCCUCGCCUUUGCGUCCACGCUUUCCAACCUCAUCAAGAGCUCGUCUGCCGAAUCCAACAAGCCCACCGCCGGCCGCGCGCGACCGCAAAAGGAGGACAUUUUCAAGACGCACAACAAGAACGUCAAGAAGCGCGCACUCAAGGACCUCGAAGAUGCAGACUUUACACAAAAGCACCGCGGCCGCACCGCUGAGGAAAAAGACGAGGACGAAGUUGCCUGGAAGCGCACAAAGCGGCGAAUGGAAGAGAAAGCCCGUCUCUACGACGCCCUAAAGCGCGGCGACGUCGAAGACGUCGACGAAAAAUACGGCGUAGACUUUGACCAAAAAUGGGCGGACAAGCAAGAAAAAGGCGAAGCCUCGGCCUCAUCUUCCGAAUCCUCAGACGACGACGAAGAAGAGCAAGAACUAGUCGAAUACAUUGACGAAUUCGGGCGCACGCGAAAAGGCACACGCGCAGACGCCGCGCGUGAAGAACGCCGCAAGCGCACUCUCGCCGCCGACGAACCCGACCGCUUCACCGCGCGCCCCAGCAUGCCUGCCACGCUCAUCUACGGCGACGCCGUCCAAACCCAAGCCUUCAACCCAGACGCCACCAUUGCCCAGCAAAUGGCCGAGCUAGCCGCCAAACGCGAUAAAGAACUCACGCCGCCCCCCGACCUGCAUUUUGACGGCCGCGCAGAGGUCCGGCAGCGCGGUAUGGGCUUCUUUAAUUUUUCAAAGGAUGAGGACGAGAGGAGGGAGCAGAUGAGUCGGAUGGAGAAGGAGAGAGAGGAGACGGAGAGGGUUAGAAGCGAGAGGGCGAGGAGGGUUGAGGAGAGAAAGGAGAUGAUUCGGAAGAAGAAGAGGGUUAUUUUGGAGAAGAGGAGUAAGGGCCAGGCGGAGAGGUUUUUGGAUGAGCUGGGGGCCGAGUUGUUGGGGAAAGAUGAGGGGGUUGGUAGUCGUAAGGAGGAUGAGGGGGAUGCUUCAAAGGAUGUAGAUAACAAGGAUGGUCCAAAGGAAAAGGGAGAUGCUGGGAAGACUGAGCACGCGGCGUAA